CUGAAGAAGAGGCACUGAGGCCCAGAGGGGCUCGCACACAGGUGUCCAACGCCAGGCCGUCAACUGAAGCCCCCAAAAGCAGGCUGGCCUGGGGCAGAUGCCAGAGAAACUGAGACCUGCCGGGCAGGCCUAGAGCUUCCAGAAAGAAGAAUCUGAAAGGAGAAGGAGCCGAACCAGAAGCAAGGCUGGAAACAGAGGGUGGAGGAGAGGUCACGGGGACAGACGCCACCUGUAGGGGAGCCCGGUGAUGCUGCCCAGGCUGUGAACAGGGGAGGCGGUGCUGUGGGGGCUGCCGGCAGCCGGGGCUGGAGAGAGACAUGUGGACACGUGGUCUCUAUGGCUCCCGCCUGCCAGAUCCUCCACUGGGCCCUCACCCUGGGGCUGGGCCUCACAUUCGAAGUCAUACACGCCUUCCGGUCUCAAGAUGAGUUCCUGUCCAGUCUGGAGAGCUAUGAGAUCGCCUUCCCCACUCGAGUGGACCAAAAUGGGGCCCUGCUGGCCUUCUCGCCCCCGGCUUCCCGGAGGCAGCGUCGGGGCACAGGGCCAGCCCCAGAGUCUCGCCUCUACUACAAGGUGGCUGCACCCAGCACCCACUUCCUGCUGAACCUGACCCGCAGCCCCCGCCUUCUAGCGGGGCACGUCUCCGUGGAGUACUGGACACGGGAGGGCCUGGCCUGGCAGAGGGCUGCCCGGCCCCACUGCCUCUAUGCCGGCCACCUGCAGGGCCAGGCCGACAGCUCCCAUGUGGCCAUCAGCACCUGUGGGGGCCUGCAUGGCCUGAUUGUGGCAGAUGAAGAAGAAUAUUUGAUCGAGCCCCUGCAAGGUGGGCCCAGAGGGGCCCAGGGCCCAGAGGAGAGUGGCCCCCAUGUGGUAUACAAGCGCUCCUCUCUGCGUCACCCCCACCUGGACACAGCCUGUGGAGUGAGAGACGAGAAGCCGUGGAAGGGGCGCCCGUGGUGGCUGCGCACGCUGAAGCCGCCACCUGCCAGGCCCCUGGGGAAUGAGACUGAGCGCGGCCAGCCAGGCCUGAAGCGCUCGGUCAGCCGAGAGCGCUACGUGGAGACCCUGGUGGUGGCUGACAAGAUGAUGGUGGCCUACCAUGGGCGCCGAGACGUGGAACAGUACGUGCUGGCCAUCAUGAACAUUGUUGCCAAACUUUUCCAGGACUCGAGUCUGGGAAACAUCGUUAAUAUCCUGGUGACACGCCUCAUCCUGCUCACGGAGGACCAGCCCACCCUGGAGAUCACCCACCAUGCCGGGAAGUCCCUGGACAGCUUCUGUAAGUGGCAGAAAUCCAUCGUGAACCGCAGCGGCCAUGGCAACGCCAUUCCGGAGAACGGUGUGGCCAACCAUGACACAGCGGUGCUCAUCACGCGCUAUGACAUCUGCAUCUAUAGGAACAAACCCUGCGGCACACUAGGCCUGGCCCCCGUGGGCGGCAUGUGCGAGCGGGAGAGAAGUUGCAGCAUCAACGAGGAUAUUGGCCUGGCCACUGCCUUCACCAUCGCCCAUGAGAUUGGACAUACGUUUGGCAUGAACCACGACGGUGUGGGGAACAGCUGUGGGGCCCGUGGCCAGGACCCGGCCAAGCUCAUGGCCGCCCACAUCACCAUGAAGACCAACCCUUUUGUGUGGUCGUCCUGCAGCCGCGACUACAUCACCAGCUUUCUGGACUCAGGCCUGGGGCUGUGCCUGAACAACCGGCCCCCCAGACAGGACUUCGUGUACCCCACGGUGGCACCUGGCCAGGCCUACGACGCAGACGAACAGUGCCGCUUCCAACAUGGAGUCAAAUCGCGUCAGUGUAAAUACGGGGAGGUCUGCAGCGAGCUGUGGUGUCUGAGCAAGAGCAACCGGUGCAUCACCAACAGCAUUCCAGCCGCCGAGGGCACGCUGUGCCAGACGCACACCAUCGACAAGGGGUGGUGCUACAAGCGCGUGUGCGUCCCUUUCGGGUCGCGGCCGGAGGGCGUGGACGGGGCCUGGGGCCCGUGGACCCCGUGGGGCGACUGCAGCCGGACGUGCGGCGGCGGCGUGUCCUCCUCCAGCCGUCACUGCGACAGCCCCAGGCCAACAAUCGGGGGCAGGUACUGCCUUGGUGAGAGACGGCGGCACCGCUCCUGCAACACCGACGACUGUCCCCCGGGCUCCCAGGACUUCAGGGAAAUGCAGUGCUCCGAAUUUGACAGCAUCCCCUUCCGUGGAAAAUUCUACACGUGGAAGACAUACCGAGGAGGGGGCGUGAAGGCCUGCUCACUCACAUGCCUGGCCGAAGGCUUCAAUUUCUACACGGAGAGAGCGGCGGCCGUGGUGGAUGGGACGCCCUGCCGCCCCGACACGGUGGACAUUUGCGUCAGCGGCGAGUGCAAGCACGUGGGCUGUGACCGGGUCCUGGGCUCCGACCUGAGGGAGGACAAGUGCCGGGUUUGCGGUGGUGAUGGCAGUGCCUGUGAAACCAUUGAGGGGGUCUUCAGCCCAGCCUCGCCUGCAGCCGGGUAUGAGGAAGUCGUCUGGAUCCCCAAAGGCUCCGUCCACAUCUUCAUCCAGGACCUGAACCUCUCCCUCAGUCACCUGGCCCUGAAGGGGGACCAGGAGUCCCUGCUGCUGGAGGGGCUGCCCGGGACCCCCCAGCCCCACCGCCUGCCCCUGGCUGGGACCACCUUUCAGCUGCGACAGGGGCCAGAUCAGACGCAGAGCCUAGAAGCCCUGGGACCCAUAAAUGCAUCUCUCAUCGUCAUGGUACUGGCCCGGACAGAGCUGGCAGCCCUCCGCUACCGCUUCAAUGCGCCCAUUGCCCGAGAUGCACUGCCCCCCUACUCCUGGCACUAUGCGCCCUGGACCAAGUGCUCAGCCCAGUGUGCUGGCGGCAGCCAGGUGCAGGCCGUGGAGUGCCGCAAUCAGCUGGACAGCUCGGCCGUGGCCCCCCACCAUUGCAGCGCCCACAGCAAACUGCCCAAGAGGCAGCGAGCCUGCAACACGGAGCCCUGCCCGCCGGACUGGGUCGUAGGGAACUGGUCGCGCUGCAGCCGCAGCUGUGACGCGGGGGUGCGCAGCCGCUCGGUCGUGUGCCAGCGCCGAGUGUCAGCCGCCGAGGAGAAGGCGCUGGACGACAGCGCGUGCCCGCAGCCGCGCCCGCCAGUUCUGGAGGCCUGCCAAGGCCCCGCUUGCCCGCCCGAGUGGGCCGCCCUGGACUGGUCAGAGUGCACCCCCAGCUGCGGGCCAGGCCUCCGCCACCGCGUCGUCCUGUGCAAGAGCUCUGACCACCGCGCCACGCUGCCCCCUGCGCACUGCCCGCCCGCAGCCAAGCCGCCAGCCACCAUGCGUUGCAACUUGCGCCGCUGUCCCCCGGCUCGCUGGGUGACCGGCGAGUGGGGCGAGUGCUCCGCACAGUGCGGGAUCGGGCAGCAACAGCGCGCGGUGCGCUGCUCCAGCCACACGGGCCAGCCGUCGCGCGAGUGCGCAGAGGCUCUGCGGCCCCCGGCCACGCAGCAGUGCGAAGCCAAGUGCGACAGCGCGCCCCCUGGGGACGGCCCCGAAGAAUGCAAGGAUGUGAACAAGGUCGCCUACUGCCCCCUGGUGCUCAAAUUUCAGUUCUGCAGCAGAGCCUACUUCCGCCAGAUGUGCUGCAAAACCUGCCAGGGCCGCUAGGGGGCGCGCGGCCCCGGAGCUACAGCUGGGCGCUGGCUGGAAGGGACCCGGCCCGCAGCUGGCCAGCCUGAAGGAGCCCGAGGGGGCGGGAGCUGGGAGUAAAGGGUGAGACGAAGCCGGAAGUUAUUUAUUGGGAACCCCUGCAGGGCCCCUGGCUGGGGGAUGGAGAGGGGCUGGCCACCCCAGGGCCCCCUCCUCAUCUCCUCUCCCAGUUCACAGUGAGACCCCCUCCAGGGUGGGUUUGAGGAGGGAACAACUGUUCGCCCUAGCGCCCUUUUCACCCACUCCUAGGGAGCCCCCAAUACUGCCCCCCCUUUGACCGGAAUAUGUACUGUGAAGAGUGGGGGUGGGGAGGGGGUCUGCCUGCGUCCUGCCCCCAGCACUGCCCUAUCCCUCCACUCUGAGCUGGGGGGGAGGGGGGAGGGGGAGGGUCUAUGUCCGCUAUGGGGAGGGGGAUUAGCACCACCCCCCUGACACCCUCCCCCUGACCAGACUAGCUACGGGCUGAGGCAGAGUUGGCAAGAUCCGCCCCAACCUCUGCCCUGCCUGCCCCAGGGGGACCCCGACAUCCAGGCGCCCCCAUCAUGGUGCUACAGGCCCUGCCCUGGGGCCCACACACCCCUCGCCAGGAAGCCCUCCAUCAAUAAAGUUCUGUCUUGUGUAGA